AGAACAGUAUCUUCCUGCUCCAUACAGAACAUACACAUGCUCAUUUGGCCACUGUGCACAGAUCCAUUGCAGAAGAAAAAAAAAACUGCUCACUCAUCCACGUUGCAGGUUAUAAAUUGGUCCUGCUAAGGACUGCUCAGCUCUUUUCUCCCCAGAGUAAAGCAUGUAGCAAGCAGUGGCAGCAGCGCUGCUCUCUCUCAUCAUCAUUAUUAUAGCAGUGAGCAGCAGGUGGAGGGAGUUCUGGGAUGCAGCAGGGAUGCUCUGAAGGACAAAGCCGGCUUGCUGAAUGCACAUCUCUCUUUAAAAGGCGGCUGGCAUAUGCCUUUUUCUUUCACUUGAGCAUUGAAGAAACCCAUUCCUGUGGCACGGGAGAAACCAACAACUCAAUGGAGCACAAUCACAUCUACAACACUUCUCUUCUGUCUCACAAGUACGGCUGUGGCUUGGGAUAUGUACCUGUUAUAUACUACAGUAUCCUGCUCUGCCUAGGACUGCCAGCAAAUAUCUUGACAGUGAUCAUCCUGUCACAGUUGGUGGCCCGCAGACAAAAAUCCUCUUACAACUAUCUCCUGGCGUUGGCUGCUGCAGACAUCAUGGUCCUGUUCUUCAUUGUAUUUGUUGACUUCCUGCUGGAAGACUUCAUUCUUAACAAGCAGAUGCCUCAAAUGUUGGAUAAAAUCAUCGAAGUCUUGGAGUUUUCUUCCAUCCAUACUUCUAUCUGGAUCACGGUUCCUUUAACUAUCGAUAGAUACAUAGCAGUGUGUCACCCUCUUAAAUACCAUACUGUGUCUUUCCCGGCCCGUACAAGGAAAGUCAUUGUAAGUGUAUACAUCACAUGUUUUUUGACUAGCAUCCCAUACUACUGGUGGCCAAAUAUUUGGAUUGAGGAUUACACAAGCACAUCAGUACACCAUAUCCUCAUCUGGAUCCACUGCUUUACAGUUUACCUAGUCCCCUGCUCCAUAUUUUCUGUGCUAAAUUCAAUUAUAGUAUACAAGCUCCAGAGGAAAAGCAAUUUUCGAUUGAGAGGUUACUCAACUGGGAAAACUACUGCCAUUUUGUUUACAAUUACAUCUAUCUUUGCCAUUCUUUGGGCACCUAGAAUAAUUAUGAUACUCUACCAUCUUUAUGUGUCCCCCAUACAUAACAGCUGGUUGGUGCACAUUAUAACGGACAUUGCUAACAUGUUAGCGCUGUUAAACACGGCAAUUAAUUUCUUCCUCUACUGUUUUAUUAGCAAACGGUUUCGCACAAUGGCAGCCGGGACAUUAAAGGCGUUUUUCAAGUGCCAGAAACAACCUGUUCAGUUUUAUACAAACUACAAUUUUUCUAUAACCAGCAGCCCCUGGAUUUCCCCAGCGAAUUCACACUGUAUUAAAAUGUUUGUUUACCAAUAUGAUAAAAAUGGGAAGCCAUUAAAAGUAUCUCCAUGAAGGAUAGGUAUGGUAAUUGUUUAUUGAAUGCUACUUGAUGCUAUUGUGGCAGUUUAUUUUGCACUCAUGUGCAAUGGUGCUUCUAUGGGUCAUCUGAUAUAAAGAUGCUCUUGAAUGAAAGCACAUUUAGCCAGUUGCAGCCAUCGUAGGAUCCAUUAUGGAGGUGCAGGUGGUAUGAUAGAAUAUGUUGAAGCGUCUCUCAACAGAAACGUCCUUUGAGGUUUUUGGUUUGAGUUUUUACUGUAAAGACUGACAUUUACAAGCAGUAGUGCAAUAUCAAGUUCUUGAAACAUCUCCUUAAAGACACUUUGUGGUGCUUAGUUAAUAUCAUACAUAGCAGCUAUAUUAGCUCUUCAAAUAUUCCACCCUAAGCAGAUUUUUUUCUGGGGAAUGUUUCUAUUAUCUUUUCCUUUAUCUGAUGUGCACAUGGUUGAGAAGAUCUGUCACAUAUAUACAGAAAAAAACAAGACUGAAUGGUUGAUUCAUUUGCCCGACAAUAAAAGUUUGUGUAUUAUGUCACAAAGACUUUAGUUAUAACUACAGAGCAUUUUGCAAAAAUUCUACUGUCUUUAAUCAACGGAAUGUGAAUGACGAUGUUUUGUUUAUGGUGUGACUUGCAUCUUCCCCCUUAUAGUUUCUGUGAGCUGUAUGUGUGUGUUAUCCACUGCAAUUAAUAUCACAUAUAGCUGUUUGCUUGAAUUUUGAAUGAACAGUUUCUUAAAUAUGCCAAUUGUUGUGAACGCCUGUUAAACUCUAAACACAUGCCUUAAUAAACAAAAUCAGCAUAGGUUUUUUUUUAUCUGAAGGGGAUAAAAAGCACAUCAAGCUUGAACUUCAGAACAAGUACUUCCAUUCUUAUUGCCACAAACUCUAGCGGAGAGCUUGCCGAGUAAAUAAUUUACUUUUGCUCUUUGCUCCAAGUAGGCGGUUUAGAGGUUACUCUUUGUGUUACUGAGCAGUUUCCUGUGCUAGUUAAUGGUUCCGUUGCUUUAUAGCUUUAGACUAUGUGCUGUAUACCAAAACAGUGAAAUGCACUUGAUUUUCGCACUUUGGGCAACAUAUUGUUUUUAGAUCCUGGUGAAUUCAUAGUAAACUAUUGCAUUUGGGCUUUAAAUAAUGUCGAUCUAUUGCAGUGGAUUUUCCCACUAAUUGCGUUAGCUGCACUCACUCUACUAAAUCAUAUAGGAAUAAUUGCAAUAACACAGUUUGCAAAAAUUCAUUUUCCGCCAUGUCACUUAUGGCAAGGUGUUCAUGGCCAAUGUUCAACACUAAAAUGUGUGAACAACAUUCUUGGUCUGUAUUGUCAUCUAGCAGAGGUUUAGUCUUUGCUGUCAUAAUGAUAUUUAUUUUGUUAACACUUUGAUAACACUGUAUAGGAAAUGUAUUUAUAGAAUUAGAAUGUUGCAAAAACCCCUUGAUGUAAAUACUUUCUUUAAAAUGUGCAAUACAGCCACUCUCUUAUAAAGCUUUGUUUCCUUUUUAUGAUAUAGGUAGUAUUCGCAAAGGAUUUAUCUAUACUUUUUAUAGCACUGUUUCAAUUCAGCAUUUGGAAUGUAAUUCAGAAACAUUUAACGUGCAAUUUUAUUGAAGUGGAAAUAACGUUUUUUUGCAAAUAAAUUAGUUAUUUAUCAAUUGUGUUUCUUAAAAUUAGAAAGCAAAACUAGACUUUAUGCAUAUUUUAUGAGUUGAGUUUCGCUUUAUGGUUAAAAAUGAAUCUUUUUAGAAACUCUAGUGUUUGAAAAUUGUGUGUUUUCAGGGAGAUUUGGGGCAAAAUAUCAAUAGUGCCAUAGGGUCUAAUAUGUGAUGUUUUUUUUAUUAAUAAUAAUAAUAAUAAUAAUAAUAAUAAUAAUAGACUUAAUUUGAUGCAAAAAAAAUAAUGGGUUGUGUUUUGUUCAAAUGCUUGACCUCUUGUUUGAGCCAGAUGGCAUAUUGUAUAGAAUGCACACGUAAAAUAUGUCAUAAGAGGAUAUAUAUAUUUUAAUGUUUGUUAUAUGGCUUAUCCCAAAAUGCUCCUGUAGAAAUUCCACAAUAGUCCAAUAAAUGGAGAUGUGUUAAGCAACAAAAUAAAUUACAAUCAUGUUAUGGGGUAAUGGUGUGGAUUUAUCCAUGGGUUACUAUAACUUCCUUUUGAUAUGGAUUUAAGGAUCAGGACAUCUUUGUUCUUUGCAUAAAAACCCACCAGCCUACACUCGUCUAUAUUUGUUUAGUUAAUACAUUGCCAUGAGCUGGGUCAAACAGUAGUUUAUAAAAAUAUAGCUGUACAAUCAUACCCUAAAUGGGGAAUACACAGAUCAAAAACACAUUCAGUAUGAAGGCAAUAUCCUAAAGAAGCUUAAUAGCACCCAAAUGUUCAAAACAUAUUUUCAUAGUACAGAGAAGCCCGACCUAAUUUUUCACUAUUUCACACUAGAUGAAAUGGUUACACCCAAAAAAUCCAAAUUACUAGAUUAAACCGCAAAGUACAAUCUUUCUUUAAAGAUCUUUAGCAGCACAAGCAUAAGGUUAGGGCUAGACAGGGCUGAUAUGAGCCUCCUGAAAUCUGCAGUCUGAUUUCAGCCCCUGACUGCGAGCAGAAUCCCAUUCUGUGUCAGCUCCGGCACAAACACACGGCAGAUUUUGGUGAAGAAACCGAAGACUUUGCAUUUUGAGCUGAAAUCUACCGAGUGUGUUCACCCCUGAGCCGACACAAGGACUAGACGUAAACACAGAAGAAGAUUCUGCUUGCGGUCAGUGGCUGACCCAGCCUAAAACAAAUAACUCCAUUUUAUUUAGAGACUAAAAGCAUGGAGACAAAUACAGGUACAAAUUUGACGUUAAAAAGGUACAGAGGUCUCCCUAUGUCCACCUCACUUCUUCAGGACACAAAUAUAUAUCUUUCAACUGGAUGUUACACUUUAAUACAAAUUUGGCAGGCAGUAAUUCCAGGGCUUCCUUUAUGUGUUGGAUUUAUAGCCAUUAUCAUUUAAGUUGCAUAAAAAGAGCAAAUUUAGCAUUACUGACACACUGUACACAUCACCACUAAAGCUAGCACCUCAAAGUUGGAGGAACGUCUUUCUUUUUGGAAGAUUGGCACACAUCAACAUGGAAAGUAUCAAAUGUGUUGUGGGUGCAAGGAUGUCCAAUCAUCUAAAACCUAAAAAUGGUGUGAAAAAUCAUUUGGUACCUAAACAUUAUGCAGUGUGUCAACAAGGGGACCCCAAGGUCAAGGCUGCCAUCAUAAACCCCCCUGAUUUUUCACUAAGGACCCAUAUUGUACAUUAUUUAAUGCUUGCUUUUAGGGCUUCAGUAAAAACUGACCCUUGUAUUGCCUGAUGGUACCCUAACAGAUGCCCUGGCAGCAUUAUUGGAUUUUUUUGGAUCAUCAUAACUUAAGUCUAUUAGAAAAUCAUGUAAACAUGAA